AUGCCGAGGAAGGGGAGGCGUUCCCAGGCGGCGAAGCUGCGAUGGAGGAAGCUCGACCAGGCAGAGUCCCCACCGGAUGGUGGGUCAAGGACCAUGGAGACCCAACCCCCCUGCUCCCGAUCUCCAGUUAACAGCAUCUUUGGAACAUCACUCCCAGGUGCACAGUUCUGGAGAUUGGAUGAUGUGCGUGCCGACUUUCGUGCACGCCGCGGUACUGGCUACCGCCACAGAGUGCUGCCAUGGCCAGUUUCAGCCUUCACUGGGCACAGACACAAAUUGGUCAUGCCACCUGAGUCUCCUGACAAGAAGUUUGUUCUGAUUGUCGGAGACUCCCAUCUACGAGCCAUUGUAGAUGGUUUGGUCCAGAUGCCAGAGGAACCCUUUUCCUUUGGCUUCAUGUCGACCCCAGGGGCUGCUGCCUCUGCCCUGCGGACCGAGGUGCUGAAUGCUGUGGUUCCUCGGAUCCCUGACGCCGUUUGUCUUCUGGCGCCUAGCAACAACCUGACAGCCAGCAGGACCAUCGAGGAGGCUGCCGCCGACUACACCAAGCUCCUCAUCGGCAUUCGCAGCCGCUGGCCCAACGUUUUUGUUGUUGACUUCCCUCCCCGCCUGAACUGUGAAGUGUCUUACCAGGACCUCCUUCGUCAGGAAUACCACCGUGUUUCAGCACGCAUGGGUGUGCGGUACUUCUCAGCUGUGGAGUACUUCCCCCAUGACCGGCUGCAGCUGUGGAGCAGUGAUGGUGUCCAUCUGAGCGAUCAUGAUGGGAUGGGGAUCCUCGUCCAUUUGCUGUGGUCAGCCACCAUGCAGCAACUGGAGACACCACCACCAGCACCCCAGGUCUCUCCCAGGCCUUCACCACCAGUUAGGAAAUUCUCUCCUAAACUGGUUGUGAGGGGAGAGGCCCCCGCUCCACGGUCACCUGACCCCUUUCAGUGGCAGCCAGCCAGUCAUUGCCGCAAGACGAGCCAGCCUGGUGAACCUUCCAAGUCCAAGGGUUCAGCCCAGACCAGGAUGGCUCAGCAGCAGGUGGAGGAGUGCUUCUUUCCACUGAACCCAGUCUGGUUCAGCAGCACAGCAUUAAGUGCUAUGGAGGAAGUGUCUCCUUCUCAUCUGUCUUGCCCAGUGGACUGCCAGACCCCUCCAAAGCACAAGAAGGUGGCCAGACAACCUGAGGCCACAGCCAGACCCCACCGCAGGUCUCCAGUGAGCAACCUGGUUCGAUCACCCCCAACCAGAAUGUCCUUGAGUGUGGGUGAUGCAGCAACCCCCUGCUGUUCACCGGCUGCAAAGGUGGCCAGGAUCAAGACACCUUCUCCAACCGUGCCAUCCUGGACCAUUACAGACACAGGCUGCGACCCCCCCUCCCCAGCGAAGGCGGCCCAAUCACCGAUUCCCUCAUCAGCUAGCUGGCCCUGGUUUAACUGUGAUGCACCCUCCACCUCUCGUUCCCCAGCUAAUGAACGGAGGAUGCCAGCCCCAGCAGAGGAGAUGCAGACCAAGCUGCUGAUGCCAACCACAACCAUCAACAAGAUAAUUAUCUCUCCUUCUUUUUCUUGA